AUGGAUAUUUGCUGCGGGCGAGCCCCUACACCUCCACUCGCAGCAGCAGCAGCAGCAGCAGCAGCAGCAGCAGGGCGCAGCGGCAGGGCUGGCGAGCUGCCUGCCACUGGGGGUGGCACUUGGUGGUUGCUUCUCUCGCUGGGGUUUGCGUACACCUCUUUUGCUGCUGCAGCAGCAGCAGCAGCAGCAGCAGCAGCAUUAGCACCAGAAGCAGCAGCAAAGGCGGCAGCACCGGCAGCAGCACCCGUGUGUCUUCUUUACUUCUUCGCACCCGGACGGGACAGGCCCCCUAGGCGGCAGCCAUCUCUACUCGCCUUCUUUAAAAAAGUCGAUGAUGCUUCAGCCCCUCCUUCUCCCCCUCAGCAGCAGCAGCAGCAGCAGCAGCAGCAGCAGCAGCAGCAGGCAAAUGCUGGGACCGCGGCGGCUGCGGAAGCUGCCGCAGCCAAGCCGAAGGCAGCAGCAACAGCAGCAGAACCCGCCGCCGCCGCAGCAGCAGCAGCAGCAGCAAGCGUUGCUGGUUCUCCUGGCCGGCAGAAGGAGGACUUGCCGCCCAACAGCCUAGCAGCAGCAGCAGCACAUUCGCAGCAGCAGCAGCAGCAGCAGCAGCAGCAGCAGGAUCUGCCGUCAUGUGAAGGACGUUCCGCCAAAGAAGCAUCCCCUCCGCAGCACGCGGAGCAUUCGCAGCAGCAGCCACCGCCGAAGCCACCAGCGCAGCAGCAGCAGGAGCAGCAGCAGCAGCAGGAGCAGGAGCAGCAGGAGCAGCAGGAGCAGCAGCAGCAGGAGCAGCAGCAGCAGCAGCAGCAGCAGCAGGAGGGUUUGGGGGUGAAGCGGCGGCUGUCGGGCCUGGGCUGGGAAGAUUCCGGGGAGCAGCAGCUGCGGCGGCGGCGGCUGAAGAAAGUCUCUUUGGAUUCGGACGAGGAGACAGGAAGCGAAGCAGCAGCAGCAGCAAAAGGAGACGCAGCAGCAGCAGCAGCAGCAGCAGCAGCAGCAGCAGCAGCAGCAGCAGCAGCAGACGCAGAAGGCCCCAUGAUGACGGACGGCUCCCCCUCCCGCCCGGCGCUAGAGUCCCUCGAGUUCAACCCCUCCUCCGCCCCCACCUCCGCAGCAGCAGCAGCAGCAGCAGCAGCAGCAGCA